UCACCGCCAUCGCGGCCAUAUUGAUUGAGUCUCCCCGCCCAGUGCAGUUGCUCGUCUUUCCUAGCCACUGCCGCCGCCGCCGUCGCCCAUCGCAGCGCAGAAUCAUGUCUGCCCCAGGAGCCCCGGGAGCUGCAGCAGGAGGACCCGCGGGGGGACAGCCCCCCAACCUCACGAGCAACAAGCGGCUGCAGCAGACUCAGGCUCAAGUGGACGAGGUGGUGGACAUCAUGCGCGUGAACGUGGACAAGGUUCUGGAGCGAGAUCAGAAGCUGUCAGAGCUGGACGAUCGCGCUGAUGCGCUGCAGCAGGGAGCGUCGCAGUUUGAGACCAGCGCUGCCAAGCUCAAGCGGAAGUACUGGUGGAAGAACUGCAAGAUGAUGAUAAUUAUCGGCGUCAUUUGUGCCCUGAUCCUGCUGGUUAUUAUUCUCUACUUCUCCAUGUGAUGUGUGGAGGCACCCAGGCCCCCUUCCCCCACCCAUCAAAGUCUGGAGCGUUUCACACCGAUUAACCCUUUCACCGAUUGCUGCAAAUCUCGGUCACUCCCCACUUCCUGAAAAUACAUUUUCCUUUUCUUAACAAAGAAACACUCAAGAGCCAGAUUUUGUGCAUUUGAAAUUGCAUCUAUUGUCCAAUUAGAUUCCACAAGUGCCAACCAACUUCUUUCUACAAGACAUUGCCUACUGCUUAAUAUCAAAGCGUCCUUGCUGCUGAAUCGUUUGAAUCCGUCACACACUGCUGUGAUUUCCAUGCAGCGAUAUUUUGGUGACGGUGCAAAGGAAGCAAAACUAUGGCACUCAUUUAGGUGACCGCGCUGCUGAGCCGCGCACACCUUCCAUGCACGCAGGGAGUGGCAGGUGAAAUGGUUAAACCUCAGAGCGCUCCACUAAGUCUCGUGUGUCACCCAGUGUCUUGUCUUUGGCUUUAACUGUGUCCACACAUGGCCGCCUUGUGCAGAUUCUCGCAGAUACGUGUCUUAUAUUUCCAGUGCUGAUGAGAGGCCUUGUUCCAACUGUUGCAUGCUCUCGUCAAUUUCUCGACCCCAAACAUGUCUCUUCACUGCCAUUCUUGUUUUCUCUCCAACGCUCCACCCUCUCGCCCACCUAUUGCCUAUUCUGUUUUGUUCACCAUCCUGCAUCCUGCCAGCUUGGGUCGUGAGUCCUCCAGUCUGCUUGCUGUACUGAUCUGCUUGCUGCUGUUGGCUCCUGAUUAUGUUUCUGGCGAACGAUUUCACCUUAAAACCAGUGAAACUAAAAGUAUGGUUUAAGUUGUGUGAAAUUGCCCAUUGGGGAUCAAUUUGAGCAAAUGACUAACCCCCUACUGUCCAAACAUUUUGUGACAGAAACGCAACUUACGUUUCCACACUCAUGAGAUGCCUGUGCCUGAGAAAACCCGUUUAGGGGGGCCUGUGUGGCAGGUGUGAGGCCAUGGCCAUGAAUGGGUCAGAGGGCUCAUUGAUGGUUGCUGUUUUGUUACCCCCCUCCCCCCCCGAGUGGCGAUUCAACCUGGCGCAUUGCCCCUCAUAUGUUCUGUCACUUGCUCUUCCAAGCGUUGUUUUCAUUUCAUUUAUUAUUGUUGCUUAUGUUUUGUGCACGUGUUGUAUUGUUAUACAUAUACUACAUGAUAUUCAUUGCCUGCCGUUCCAUUCCAUGCCUCAUGCCCAUGCACUUCCCCUCCCGACCCUUUUGCCCCCCCCCACCCCCGAUCCACCCACCCUGACCUUAAUUAAAAAUAA